GGGGAUUUCAAGGAAGUCGUUCAUUGCUGCCUGUGUUUCUCGCCCGCAACUUUCCCCCCCCUCAGUUCUAGGUGACAUUCUGCCUCUCAUAACGCCGGCCUCAGGUGACUCGCAUCGCAUUGUUUUCCCUUCCCACUACAAUCAAAAAAGAAACUCCAUCAACUCCUACGACCGCUACCAGUCCUGCAAUAUCUUUGCCUGGACGAGCCAAAUACACAUUCUCCGGCGAGCGCAACCAUUUGACAUCCCACUUCGCACGCUUCCUUUCAUAUCGAUGACCUGAUCCACCCUCAGUUCCACACAGACAUUGGGUGAUCAUGACCAUCCGCAAACAGUACCCUCCUCGUUCGUACGAGACGUUCUCCGAAGAAGGUGCAGCGUCCGAGUCUGCAUCCCAUACUCCAUCCAGCUCAGACAAAUCAAGGUCAGCCGCAGCAGAAGCCCAGAGGCUGGCUUCUGCAGGAUCAUGGGCAGACAAUUUCGCAGGCGAGACACCCGCGACAAACCGGACGCCGACAGCAUCGACCGUUGACGGUGAAGAGUCUCGAGAUGUUCAAUAUCCGCAACUAUCACAAGAAAUAGAUCCGUCCGAUCCACCACCCAUGUACACUCCUUCCGAUACUACUCAAUCUCAACCACCCACCACCUCUGCCUCUCCGAAUGUGCAAAGAGCAGUGCCGGCACAACCAGAGAUUGUAAGCGCCCCCAGUACACUUGGUUCUCCCUCAAUUUCCCACGUGCAACGCCCUUUUCGAGACGACGAAGACGGCGCAAAUCUUCCUGAACCAGUCCAAUUUCCGUACCAUACGUGCAGUCAUCAGCGUCCAGACCGAAACUACGACAAUAACGAGUCGGACGAUGGAACCGCCUUCCUAGGCUCUAAUGGUAGAUGGGGCCGGGGGAGACGAUGGUGGACGAGGCGCCAUGGUGAAGGUCGAGGUCGAGGUCGAGGCUGCGGAGGCCGACGAUGGGGUCGACGGCGGGAGUGCCACAAGGAACGCGCUCGUCGAUUCAAGAAGAUUUGCUGGUUUACAUUCGCUCUCCUCCUGUGCUUGUGGUUGAUGAUCCCCGGCUUGUGCAAGUCGUUCUCGAAAGAUAACAAGAGGCAGUUCCCAGUCUUCAGCCCUGAACCUUCAUCAUCACCCUGGCCUCCUUUUCCGAAGCGCGAACAUCGCGAACACGAGACUUCUCAUUCCAUCACUGGAACAUACCAGCUGUACGACCUUCUCGACCUCUCGACGGUUAGUGGGAGCAUUAAUGUCAACAUUCAGGUUCAGUCUGGAGACAAACCAGCUGUUCUUCGUCUGGCGACGAAAUCGGGCAGCGUACAUGUCAGAUUCAGCUCUGGUGGCGGUCUCUUCCGCAAGCCCGUCAUCCCAGAGAUGGCCAAUCACAGAACCUUGAUCACAGAUAUCUCGACAAACUCUGGUAGCGUGUCGGGUGACUUGGUGCAUGGAAAUGGCGGGUCCACAACCAUCUCCAUGCACUCCGGCUCGCUGAACUUGUCCAUACAUACCGUCGGGGUAUCGGAGAACGAUUCUGUAUCCAACAUUUCCACCACAACGACCUCGGGGAGCCAGUAUCUCAGAGUCAUAAGCCCUCUAACUUCGACAGGGGCUGUGAGAGCCAUUCAAGCACGACACGUUGUCCAAGGUAGUGGCAGUAUGAACAUCCACUAUCCUCAAGAAUGGGAGGGCAUGGUCCAUGUCAAAGUCAAUGGGUCUGGAAGCGUCAGAGCGGACGGUCGAGAUUUGACUGUUCAGAAAGAAAACUCCCGAGAGCUAUAUGGCUAUAGAGGCAUGAAGGAGGGGAGGAUCGUGGAGAUCUUGGAGGGCGGAAGUGGCAGUGCUCAGUUCAGGUGUUAGUUUCUACAUGGCACGCACGAGUACUGUACCAUAGAGACGUAUUUUUUGUGUCGGGUGGUUGGGUGUAUUGAAACAACGGCCUUCAUCGGCCUUGUCAGUGGUCUGGAGCAAUCGAAAGGUCAUGGGAACAUUCGUUUAUCGAGGGAUGGGAAGAUUUCCAGGGUAUAAUCUGUAUCUCAAUCGCAUAAUAAUCGGGCGAUGAAUGAGAGUCUUUCAGGUUUCCUAUUUGUGUCGUCGAAGGGCAUUGAGGUUUCACAAGAGGUUACGAUGUUGUUGAAGCAUUCAAGUAGGUGAGAAAACACAUUGAAUCGAGGUCGAUGGGGAGUGAGGCUCCUUUUGAUGUCUACAAGUAUUGAUCCGUACUGUGCAGUACUGUCUCGUAGUGUAGGAGAUUUUUUGGCAAGACGUUACUGUGACAUUGUGGUUGGUUACGG